AUGGCCAAAAGAAACGAGACGAGGGUUGAUGAGUUCCUUCUCCUGGGAAUCACAGAUGUUUGGGAGCUGCAGCUGGUGCUCUUUGUGCUGUUCCUCCUGAUCUGUGUCACCUCCUUGGUGGGGAACCUGGGCAUGAUCGUGUUAAUCAGGCUCGACUCUCGCCUCCACACCCCCAUGUACUUCUUCCUCUGCCACCUCUCCCUGGUAGACCUGGGGAAUUCCUCAGCAGUUGCUCCCAAGAUGCUAGUAAGCUUCUUUGAGGAGAGGAAAGCCAUCUCCCUGCCAGGGUGUGCAGCCCAGAUGUACUUCUGUGGGGUCUGCAUCAUCACAGAGUGCUACCUGCUGGCUGCCAUGGCCUACGACCGCUACGUGGCCAUUUGCCACCCCCUGCUCUACGUCACCACCAUGUCACCAAAGGUCUGUGUCCACCUGGCUCUGGGAUCCUACCUGAUGGCUUCUGUGAGUCAACUGGUGCUGGUCAGCAGCGUGUUCAGCUUACCCUUCUGUGGCCCUCACCUCCUCAAUCACUUCUUCUGUGACAUCCCUCCUCUCCUGAAACUCUCCUGCUCCAGCACGACUGCCCACGAACGCCUCCUCUUCACCAUCGCUGCUUUCAUUGCCCUCAACACUUUAGCCUUCAUUGUUGUCUCCUAUGGCUACAUCCUCACCACUGUCCUCAGGAUCCCCUCCUCAGAGGGCAGGCACAGAGCUUUCUCCACCUGUGCCUCACAUCUGACAUCAGUCUCAGUGUUUUAUGGGACCAUGGUCUUCAUGUACCUCAGGCCCACCUCUGCCUACUCCCUGGACCAGGACAAAGGGGUGUCUGUUGUCUACACCAUGGUGAUCCCCAUGCUGAACCCCUUGAUCUACAGCCUGAGGAACAAGGAGGUGAAGGAGGCUUGCAGGAGACUCCGAGGGAAAGUUCUUGUUUCCUUUGGAAUUCAGCCUGUUAAAGGGGGGGUCAUAAACUAUGUGCAAUAA